AUGUUCGUAGACAGCGCCAGCAGCGACGAAGACGGCGCGUCCGAGGGCAGCGAAUACUCCGCCGCUGCGGCGGCCGACGAUUGGUUCGAUGGUUCGAGCGAAAGCGACGACGAUAGCAGCGCCAGCGAACGCGGGAGCGAGAGCGACAGUGCCGCGGGCGCGAGCGACGACGACGAAGACAGCGCAAGCCAAAGUAGCUCAUCUUCAGGGCAGCCCGCAGCCGCGCUGACAGAAGAAUCGAUUCCCUGGGCAGUCGCGCUAGCCAGCGAACUUCCUGGGCAGCAGCACGGAUCGGCGAAGCGCCGCUGCCUCGUUCCCCGGGACCUGUACAAAGGGCUCGCAGACGUGAUCGACGUGCUGCGUGCAGGAGGCCCUAAAGAGCUUAACCAACAACUUAAAGAGCUGUACGCACGCGGCAAAAGGCUGCAAGGCCAAGCGCGGGACAACAACGAUGCCGAAGAUCGGAUGGCACAUGAGGUCUACGGACGCGUAAAAGAGGCAAACUUAAACAUGCCUGUCCUUGGAAUGGAAGUGCUUGAGAAUGUGCGACUGCUGCGCGAGCACACUGGCCUACAUGACUGCGAAAUAACGCGCCUUAAGAAUGUCGCCGCGUACCUCGUGGACGACGCCAUGCUAAAUCGGGCAGACGGCACGAUUGGAAAUUUAAUAGAACUAACUGGGCUCUCGGCAACAAUGCUAAGAAACGGAGCUGACAGGAGAGAAGCAUUCUUCGAGCAACCGCCGGACAACACUGAGACGCCUCACAGAGGUAGGGUCCGCAUUCCGUUGCACGACCUUGUAUCUGCGUGGAAGGAGAUGCACUUCUGUGAAUUGCUGGAACUAGACAAGGACUAUCAAGCAAGCUACACCAAGAAGAAGUUUAAGACUGAUGGGAAAAAUCUGGUUUGCAUCAAGUGCCAGAAGAAGGUUCUGAUGGGCACCAAGGGCGACGUGGUCAAGUGGUACCAAGACCGACACCCGAACUCGCUCAUCUCUACUGCAACGCUCAGGAAGCUCGUGUGCCCAUGCAUGCGCCCCAGCUCGGGCAACGACUGCGCCUGUCCAAUCUGCUGGGAGAUCGUCUACAUCAUUAAAGCCCUGCGGGAAUCCUUUAGGCAAAAGGGUGACAUAUGCGACUGUGAGGCAUGCAAACCCGGCUCGGCAUGGCGCGCGGCAAUACAAAGCCCGCAUGCUUUAAGGCUUGCACUGUCACCGUGCGGCAAGGAGACCUGCCCUGGAUUUCAGCUCCCCAAGGAGAAGGAGCCGCCUGAAUUCUACAUGUUCACCUGCGCCGUGGAGAAACAACCGCCGAAAGGCGCCGACAAAGUCCUCCCUGAGCUUCACAGGAAAUGCACACAGUGCACUUAUGGCUACCAGAUGGUGAUGCCAAAGGAAGGCAAGUGCAAACGACUGACAUUGCCGCUCACGUACCAUUCAAAACAAGAGGUCAACGCGGCCCCGAGAGUCGAUAAGUGCUUUGCGGACAAGUUCGUAAAAGUUCCGUCCACGUAUGGUGAGAUCAGCAACAAGUUGGCAGAUAAAACAAACAAAUGGCAUUAUCACAUGUGGAUCAAGCAACAGACCAAACGUGCGCAGGAGCUGGAAAUUGCUACCUUCGAUGGCGAACGGUCGAUCGUCGUUGUUACGGACUUUGCGAACCGCAACAAACUGCACGGGAUCGCACAAAGCACCAGCGAGAUCAGCCCUGCCGUUGGAUGCGCGGUCGCCAUCGUGCUUUACAACCCAGGCGAGCAAGUGGACGGGCAAGAAAGGCCCGUUCAGACGGACGUCUGGCGCAUCUUUAGCGGGGCCAAGGACUGUGCGCAUUACAACGCUCUCCUAAUAGAAGAGAUUUUCGUGCACUACAGCGGCCAGGAACCACACAAGGAAUCAAAAUUGCAAUUGCCAGAAGGAGGAUGGGGAGAGCCUCGACGUGAUCGGCUGCGUCCGCCCGCUAUGAGCGCAAUCGGGCGUGCAUGUUCCCGAGGCGCAGUGCCCGGGCUUAAAAAAAUUACAGUGAUUUCAGACGGAAAAACAUCGACGUAUAAAGGCGCACCUUCCUUUGGGUAUCUCUAUGGAAUUACAGAAAAAUACGAUGUCGAGAUCAUGCAGAUGUUUGGCGCAGCGCACCACAUGAGCGGCCCGGUCGACGCAUACGGUACGUGGUCAUGCAAUGGUUGUUAUAUAUAUGGGGGCUACAACGACGGCGCAGCGAAACACGAGGACACGGACGUACAAGGCUGGGCAACUGUAGACGAAGUUAAUGGAGGCAUCCACUAUGAUGCUCCGAACGCGCAUUCAAGCCAGCUGUAUUGCGUUAGGAUCAAAGCCCCGUGGACGCCAGAGCCGAAAGAACAUCCCCUGGCGCGCGUGGACUCCGAGCCGGAUUCUGAUGAUCUGGCUUGCACGGGCAAAGAUGGCAAAAAGAAGAUGUGCCUCCCAUGCAGAAAUCGUGAAAAUCAGGGCACCAUACUAUCCGGCGAGCCAGUAGCCCCGCUCGAGUGCGAUUAUCAGCACUGGUGUGGCACGCCGCGGUACGUGCAACUGCUAGGCUACAGAGCUGACACGGAAGCACAGAAGGCCAAGGAGAAACUCAGGAAGACACAAGAGACACGCGAAAAAAUAGCAGCAAAGAAACGUAACUUGAGCUGGCACCUAAAACUCCACUAUCCUCCGAGCAAAAUAGAACUAGCUUCAAAAUCUCAACUCCGUCCGGGGGAGGACACGUUAUAUGGUAGUGCUUGUUCCCGCGAAUUAAGACACCGUCGCCCGGCUGCUUUAAAGGCAGCCACACCUACAAAAGUUCCAUCACAACACACAACCAUGAAAAACGUACUUUGGGACAUGUUUGAGACAAAGGUAACGUCCGGAUGUGAACUCCACUUUUUUCCUGAGCAUACUCUUCCGCACCUUCACUUUCAUCAUCGAGAUGCUCCUCAAAACAUGCGUGUUCUGAAGACUGCCGGAGCACGUGCAAUUGCGCACAAUCUCAUCAGAAGCAGCACGAAGUGCACCAGGCUCCAGACCAUAGGGAGCACCAACAAAGUCAAGGGAGCCACCGUAAGAACCGAAUGGAUUCGGCCGCACCUCGAAAUUACUUUGAGGAAUGUAACGCAAAGCGGUGGUCAUUAUGUUCGCCGCAUGCGCCGCGUUACCGUUUGUAAGCUCGUGCAAGAACAAGUGCAACUCACCCUCCAUCGCGCGCAGCUCAUCCGGCCCGACAUCAUCGCGAGCAGCGGCUGCGCGAGAAGCGCCUUGUGGCAUGGCGUCACGCCCCGGCACGGGGCGCCCUUCCGCAGCCCGCGGGGCCCCGAACGCCCCGGGCGGGCCGAGCUAGCACAGCGGCUAGUAGGCGUUGCUCUAGCCGUAGGAGUCCGUGUCGUAGCCGUAGCAGGCCUGGAACGACGCGUGGCGGUAGCUCCAGUACGACUCGAAGUAGAAGCAGUCGUACAAGUCGGCGCCGGAGCCGCUCGCGAACACCGAUUCAACGGAGCCAUUGAUGCGAACCCGUCGGGCUCCCGAGGGCGUAGAGCACGCGUCGUCGACGUGGAAGAGCGAGAAGGCCUCGUGCUCGCCCUCGCAGACAUGUCGGGGCAGCCCAUGGGCCCCGGCGCCGAACCGGUCGACGCGGCCCUACGGCGGCACGUCCUGCGACACGGGCCGACGCGCGACGUGCAUCGUAUUCGCCAACGAGCUGUCCUCGAGGCGCACCGCGAGCUUUUUGGGCUGGAUAGCGAGCUCCACAACGAAUUUCAGCGCACUCAAAGCAUCGGCGCAGCACACGGGGUUACUCCGAACGGGUUCGACGUGUUAGGAGUGCACGCAGAGCCCCAGCGGCGACCGCAGGACGCCGCCAAGGGCCGGCGGCCCAAGUUCGGGGGGGCGGCCCAAGAUGCAGUGAUGAUUCCCUAUACUACUUACCUCGGCGAACCGAGCCAGGUGGCAAUGGCGGCUCGCACAGAUUUUGGAGCUAGUGUUGAGCUAGUACAGGCUCAGGCUUCGUCGAAGCGCCUCAGCGGCUUGGGCCGCGUCGCCCUCGCCCCGGACGCGCAAAGAUUGCCGAAUAACAUUGUAAGAGUCUCCCUAUUUGCAAUACAAGCGUUGCAGUACAUGGCUGAGAAUGAAGACUCGAUCCCCUCGAGCGAAACGUUAUGCGCGAAAGAGAGCGAGGAUGUCGAUAUGGAACCCAGCUCCAUUGAGCUCAUGGAAAAUUCGAGGGACCGUGCUCAAUGCAAGUCACCUGGCGUCUCCAUCCUUGAGCUCGCGUGCAAUCCAUGCGGAGACACUCGCGACGAGGACGAGCUGGAGUCAGCUGGCCACGCAAUUGCCUCGAGCUAUGCUUUCCCACCGGCUGAACAGCACAAGGCGAAAACGGACUUCCGAGCGGAAACCGAAAACGAGUCAAGGUCAGCUUCAGAGGCGAUCAGAUUCCCAAAGCAGAGCAAGCGAGCGUCUACCAUAGUAGAUCAUCACGAUGAUCGCUCGGCAAUUAGCAAUGACGUAGCGGCCGGACGUCCCCUAAAUAACCUCGCAUGCAUCGUCGCCGAUCGCCCGGGAUUCUUGUGCUUUGUCGUCCUAUUCCUAUGCGCUGGCGCCGCGGCCGCUUUAAUGUCGGUAAACUUUGCCGCGAGUGAGCCGAGCAUCUACGAUUGGUCCAUCACUGACGACAAAUACACGGAACGGUUUGACAUGAUCACGCUAGCGGCAAACGACGUCGACAAAUUGCAUGUUGGCGAGAGACGCGAUCCUACCUACUCGUGGUCAUUCUUGUACGAUGCAAACUUGCAGGGAGACUGCGAGACUCCGUACGGUAUCUUCACAUCGCGGCACGUACAGACCAUCUGUGAGACGGAGAAAUUCGUGCUUCUCAGCCAAGAGUACCUCGAACGGUUUUGUGUCUUGGCUGCGGAUGAUUCUUGUGCACCCGCACAUCUCUCGCUCACAUUCUGGUGUGGUUGCAACAAGCAUCUCUACUUCAAAAACACGCCCGCUAGGUUCUACGGAUCGAACGCAUCGUGUCGCGAGCUCCCGCAGCAUCAAGUGAGCCAGCAGGCAAACCAGAUACCGCAGGAGGUAUCGAGGUUGCUGCUCGGUGAUCCAGCGUCUUAUCGCCGCGUCGACUCGUGGUAUGAUCGAUCUCAGGAGGCAUACAGGUCGUCAAACCAUACCUGCAAGGCUAGGAGCUUCAUUUACUUCGGGACUCCGCUUGCUGGAUAUUCGAGCACUGGUUCCAAAGAAAGCGGCUCUCAGUGGGAUACGGUGAUUGACGACCUGGGAUACAAAAUUGAAAAACGCUUAUGGAACAAAUACGAUAUGAAAGCGACCCCAGCGGAAUCUCGCUACAUGCGCGCAGCUGUGAAAAAGAAGCUGGAUGUUCUUUGGUACUCGGAGCUAGUGCUGAUAAAGGAGGUACUGAGAAUUGCCGACAAGGACGUCACUAUUUUCUUGGGUGCAAUUCUAGUCGUGUUUCUGAUCAUCUCCUGUUACCUGCGUUCGCUCCCCAUGGGGUGGUGUGCGACGCUGCAGAUUCUCAUGUCGAUGCUCCUCGCACUUUUUUUUUACCGUUGCGUGCUCGGUCUCCGAUAUUAUACGGGCCUACACGCGCUCGUCAUAUUCAUCGCACUCGGCAUCGGCGCUGACGACGUCUUCGUGUUCACGGAUGCCUGGCGCCGGUCAUGGUUUCUCGACCCGCCUGAUGAUGACAGGAAACAUCUACGACUGCGCUUGACUUACGCAUACAGCCGUGCUUCGGGAUCCAUCGCUAUGACAAGUUUCACGACCAUCGCCGCGUUCCUCGCGAAUCUCGCGAGUCCCUGCAUGCCAAUGGUUUCUUUGGGAAUCUAUGCGUCGCUCUGCGUACUGUUUGACUUUAUUCUUGGGCUUUCGAUCAUACCCGCGCUGUUCUCGCUGUCACAUCGGUACCGCCGAUGUUUCUGCAACCGAGCCGAGGAUUCGCCUCCGCGAGAUGGGGCCGCGAGCCGCGCCGUCGCGGACGGAUAUUUGUCGCUCCUCACAUGGAGGCCAGAUCGGGCGGCGGGUGCGGGCAAGUUGUCGGCCCCGACGUCUGGUACCGCGGCUGGAGCCCGCGCCGUUCGCCGCGGUGCUGCCGUCAUUGCGAGCCACUUGCAACCGCCGGCCGAGAGACAGCCGUGGUUUCUUAAAAAUCACAUGUUCGAGAGAUCCAUACGCUUGAUGAAGAAUGACUUUUCCCUAGAUGAUAUCGCCGCGUCACCGUCCAUAUCCGUCUCCUUUGGUAUGAAGAGUGUGAAAAGGCCCAACUACGACCCGUACGUUCCGAAAAAGAAUCGCGGCAAAGUCACGUUCGUCGACACGUUCGACUUGUACUUGGAGCAAUCGCAGAAGCAGAUAUUGAAUGCCUGUGAAGUGCUUCGAGACUGGGAGUGCGAUGCGUGCGAGGGGCACGGUGACAAGCGACUCGUAUGGAAAGGAUCAGUCGUGUGCUUCAUGGAGGAAUUCCACGAAUGGCACGCGGAAACAUACGGCACGGAUACGUACAUUCUUACGAAAUCAGAGUUUGACGUGCGUUUAAAGGAAUUUCGUGAGACCACUGUGCCACUCCACGCCAUGUACUCUUCUUGGGAAAAUUUGAUCGGGUACGUCGACGGUCAGCUGCGGUACGUGCGCAUCGAUGCCAAAAUGGCAGCGGAUUUAUACAAUGGUGUCGAGACGAACAAGCAGGUUCUUCGUCGAGCGAACAAGAUGCUUUCCAGGAUCCGCUCAUUUGAUCCGCACUCGCCUUUGACCGGUGACGUAUUCCACGCAUCCCAGGUUUGGCUUGAAUACAAGACGCAACGCGCGCUACUACGCGGGCUGCGCGAUGGCCUCUUGAUCACGUUCGCAGCCGCCUUCAGCAUGCUACUGUUCAUGACCAGGGACAUUCGUUUAUCUGUUUGCGCCAUCCUGACCGUCGGUUGCGUCAUUUCAAACACCAUGGCAUUCGCGCGACUGCUCGGCUGGGUCCUCGACGGCGCAGUGUGCUUCAUGCUGAUACUCGUUGUCGGUUUAUCGCUCGACUUUGCACUUCAUCUGUGUCACAUGUACGACUACGCUGCUUCUCACCUCCACUACAAAUCCCGCGUCGACAAAACUAUAUCCGCAGUGCGGUCCAUGGGAUCCUCCGUCACGGCGGGCGCGGUUUCUACGAUGAGCGCCGGAAUGGUCAUGCUUGCGUGUCAGCUUCCCGCGCUCAACAAGGUCGGAAUCAUAAUGGUCGACGGCUCAAGGCAAAAGGAAGCGUGCUUCGCCCCUUUUCUCUACAUAGCUACUACAAGACUAGGAGUAGGCCUCUCAAGGUUGUGGCGGGAGACUGAACUAAGCGCAGUGAUCUUGUAUCUACAACCUGGCUUUAAGAUAGCUGAGGGCAAGUUACCUCCAUAUUUUGGUCCCAGCUACCGGAAACUGGAGUCCUCAGAAUCCACUCAGUCAGAGCGAAUCUUUGACUGGGGGUUCGGCAGGCCAAGUUUCCAAGAACCAGAUACAGAAGCAGGAGUCUUAGCACCCACACUUAGAUCAGAAAUAGGUGCGGAUCUAAGACCGCUUGAUCAUAAUACAGGGCUAAGAGGAUAUCGUGCACCGAGUACGAUGCUCGGAGACGAAGAAGAUCUGAUAGAUCCUACGAUCCAGCUACCGCCAAGUACACUCCACCUCGAAGUGUUGCAGGAGAUGACGAUGCCUCGAGCCGUCAUAGCGACAGAGUCACCCGAAGUUAGAGGAAGAGGAACUAGCAGAGACCUACUGCCAGAAAACACAACCAGUGACAUGGUAAGCUACGUAUGGCCGGAAAAAUCCAAAGAAACGCGCGGACCUUGGACUUGGGUGGUGACGCUGGUUACGAUGAAUGGAGUAGAAAUCAGACCGGCUAGAGCACUCGAAAGAAGCUUACAGUCCGGAGGAGAGAACCUGAGACCCAAGCGGAAAGAUAUUGUGUUUUCCAAGUACUGCUCUCAUGGACCUCUAGCAAAGGACAUCAGAUUAUGCGUAGACCCGUGUCGUCAGCCAACUUGUGUGUGGUGCAAGCAACACGGAAUUUUCGAUUAUAAAAACAGAACCACAUUUGAAAGGGACUCCCGGCCGGAAGUCGCCAACACUUGGGUUUCUGACGACAUCCACAUGGCUAAGACCUUGGCCAGAGAGGACGUCUCUACUUCAAUGAAAGUAAUUGAGAAAACAAUGAAGCAGCAAGGAAUGCUGCAGCCACCCACAAAGAGGAUGUUCACAUCUCUCACCUGGGUGCCAGCUAAAUUUUCCAGGAAUGACAGGGAUAUUGUAGCCGCUGGGCUAUGGGAUUCCUGCUGUAACCGAGCUUUCAUCGACGAGCACUUUUUUAAGACAUUGUGCGCGCGUGAACUCACGUAUGGGAUCCAGCAAUAUAAGGACAAACCUGACAUAAAUGGUGUGAUCCUAGCCCGGAACUCAAAAAUGCAGAUCCAACCUAGCCCAGAUGUGGAAUGUAUGCCCAAAGUUACCAUGGUAAAAACAGGCAACGCGAUCAAUAAGGCUGAGAUCCUCUGCAGAUUUUACUUCACAGAACAAGAAGCCUUGCAGCAAUGCACCAGUUAUUUAAUUGACCAUCAUCCCCCGAAUAAGCCCUACCAAAUUGACCACGACGACAUGCAAGUCGAGUCUUACUCACUGGCCACGAGGGGAGAGUCCCAAAUUUAG